AUGGUUUUCUUCUUGCGAUCGAUUUUCUUCGUGUGCGCUCUGGCCGCUGCGAGCCUUGGAGCUCCCGGAUACCAGCGACCCGACCCGCACUCUGUUUCUGAGGACUUCCAAGAAUCUCCGAAGAAAUACCGUUUUGCUUUCUCUUCGGAAGAUGCCGAAUCCAAUCAACGCCGCGAGGAAACCGCUGACGACAAUGGACACGUUAAAGGAUCUUAUUCGUUCGAUCUCCCAGACGGGACAAAACGUCACGUGAAGUACAUCGCCGACGAGGGUGGAUUCAGGGUGAAGAUAGACUCCAACGAAGCCGGCCUGGAGCCCAAGAAUCCAGCCGACGUCAAGUUCAUCGCUCAAACGAACGCUCAGCUCAAAGAAGAGCGUACCGAUAGACACUCGGCGACUCACAGCUCUCAGAGCUGGUCGGAUACAACGUCUGCUCCGCUCAAAUCAUGGUCGGACCGCUCUGCCGCUCACUCGACAAAAACAUCGGCCCGUUAUGGUGAGGCUGCUUCCCCCGCCCCUCUGAAGGCGUCGGGCUGGUCUGCCGCGACUCCAGCGCCUCAGAAGACUUCAGGUUGGUCCGAUGGGCAUCCUGCUCAGCUGACAUCGACUGGUUGGUCAAACUCUCGCCAGAAACUGUCUUGGUCGCCCGAGACCGCUUCGGCUCUUAAUGUGCAAGCCAACAAGUGGGCAGAUGAGCUCCCCGUGAAAAACACCGCAUGGUCCGAUGAUCGAUCCGCCCCGCUCAAGAACGCGGGCUGGUCCGAUUCCGACGCUGCUCGCAAGGAGAGCAAAACGGCAAGUCAGAGGCGGACUUGGUCCGAUAGCGAUAGCAGUCCCGCCAGCAACGAUUGGUCCCGGCCGUCAGCCGCCUUGAAGCAGGCAUGGCCUCAGGCCGCGGCGCAGAAAAGCGUCUGGUCAAACGACAAAGCUGCCCAGAAACAGGGUUGGGCCCCGAAGUCCGCCCCUCUACGAGAGAGUUUCCCCGAUGUUCCCGUGAAGCGCGGCUGGGCCCCUCACAAAUCCGCCACCGUCCGUCAGGGCUGGGGCGAUGAGGAGUCGGGUGCUCAGAAGGUACAGGAAUGGCAGUCCGACAACGUUUCCCCUAAAGAGUCCUGGUCGCAAAAACCGGCCGCUAUCCAACAGUCUUGGGCUCCUCAGAAGUCUGCUGUUAUCGGACAGGGCUGUGCUGAUGAAUCGGCCGAUUUGAAACAGUCUGCUUGGUCAGAGAGCGCCGCCGCUCAAGAGCAGAAGCCGUGGGCUGAGAAGAAGUCUGCCGUCGCAGAGAAAGCACCGAGCGAUAGCUCCGCAAAAAAUCAAGGUUGGAACAACGAGGCGCAGGAUUAUGAUUCUGUGGAAAACGUCCCUCGGCGAGGAAACCGCAAAUUCGAGAGGCUCACGGCAGAAUUAAACGAACAGAAGUCCAACGUCCAGUUGGAACUCCCGCACGCCGAUAGGGUUGAGUGGUUCGCGCCCCCAGCUGUGAGGUCCGCUGCCCUCACUCGAAAGUGGUAG